GUGGUUUGGAACUGGAGGAGCAGUGGAUCAAGGAAGGGUUUUACCAUGUCGAUUCGUCUGGGUGGCAUCCCGUCCCUCUCGCAGCUGACGUGGAGAAGCCAGAAGAUGUUCAUGAAUCUUCUCCGAGGCAUGAUGUGGGAAAAGAAUGGGACAUGAGUUAUCCAAUGGACUCACUCGUUCCCACUGGGCUAGAGCUGAGUGUGGACGGAGAAGACCCUCUUCACUUAUGAACACAUGUUGAUUAGAGAGUCAUUCAACAGCAGCCGCAGGAA